AUGGCGGCCGAGGCCGCGGAUGCCCCCCCGGGCGGGGUCGAGCCGGCGCUCAGCUGCUUCUCCUUCAAUCAGGACUGCACAUCCCUAGCGAUCGGAACCAAAGCCGGUUAUAAGCUGUUCUCCUUGAGUUCCGUGGAGCAGCUGGACCAAGUUCAUGGAAGCAAUGAGAUCCCGGACGUCUACAUAGUAGAGCGCCUCUUCUCCAGUAGCCUGGUGGUGGUGGUGAGUCACACGAAGCCCCGCCAGAUGAACGUGUACCACUUCAAAAAGGGCACCGAGAUCUGUAACUACAGCUACUCCAGCAACAUCCUGUCCAUACGGCUGAACCGGCAAAGGCUGCUGGUAUGCCUGGAGGAAUCUAUCUACAUUCACAACAUCAAAGACAUGAAGCUCCUAAAGACCAUCCUGGACAUCCCUGCCAACCCGACAGGUCUCUGUGCCCUGUCGAUCAACCAUUCCAAUUCCUACUUGGCCUAUCCUGGAAGCCUGGUGAGAGGAGAGAUCGUGCUCUAUGACGGAAAUGCCCUGAAAACCGUCUGUACUAUCGCUGCCCACGAGGGGCUGCUGGCCGCCAUUACCUUUAACUCAGCGGGCUCCAAGCUGGCGAGCGCAUCGGAGAAGGGCACAGUCAUCCGGGUGUUCUCAGUGCCUGACGGGCAGAAGCUGUAUGAGUUCCGGAGGGGAAUGAAAAGGUAUGUGACCAUCAGCUCUCUGGUGUUCAGCAUGGAUUCACAAUUCCUCUGCGCCUCCAGCAACACCGAGACCGUGCACAUCUUCAAGCUGGGCCACGUUACCGACAGCCACCCAGAGGAGCCCGCCACCUGGAGCGGUUACAUGGGCAAGGUGUUCAUGGUUGCUGCCAAUUACCUCCCCGCCCAAGUGUCAGACAUGAUGAGUCAGGACAGGGCCUUCGCCACCGGACGUCUGAAUUUCUCCGGGCAAAGGAACAUCUGUACCCUGUCAACGAUCCAGAAAUUGCCCAGACUGCUGGUUGCAUCCUCCGAUGGACAUCUCUACAUAUACAACCUGGACCCUCAGGAUGGUGGAGAGUGCGUUUUAAUCAAGACCCACAGCCUGCUUGGCUCAGCAACAGCAGAGGAGCUUAAAGAAAAUGACCUCAGACCUUCCUUACCUCAGUCUUACGCAGCAACUGUAGCCAGACCUAGCUUAUCUUCAGCCUCCACGGUGCCAGGUUAUUCUGAGGACGGCGGGGCGCUCCGAGGAGAGGUUAUUCCUGAGCAUGAGUUUGCUACGGGACCAGUGUGUCUGGAGGACGAGAAUGAAUUCCCCCCUAUAAUCUUGUGCCGUGGAAGUCAGAAGGGCAGAUCGAAGCAGUCAUGA